AUGUGUGCCAGAAAGUUAAAAUACGCAGCAGGUGAUGAUUUACAUCUAUAUGCUACGCCAAAGGAAUCCCUUGAAGCAUCCAGGAAAGAGAUUGAAGAGAAGGAAAGAUGGAGACAGGUAAUUGAAAAACAAGAAAGAUUGAAAAAAUUGGCUGAAGAGCAAAGCUGGAUACGAAGAAAUCAAUCUAAUUCAUACCAAGAUUCAAAUAUACGACAUAAUGGGAGCAGAACUGUUUCUGGACCAGCCAGUAUGAUAUCAGGACAACUAAAUCAUAAUCGAAACAACAAUAACCAUAAUACCAAUGGGAAUUUCCAUAUUUCAGAAAAUAUUGAAAGUAAUCACUCUAUGCCUCCCACUGGAUCUGUAUUAUCAUCUAGACAUAAAAAGACAAGACCACCACCUAUUCCAAUACAAAAGGGUAAUGCAUCCACUUUUUCAUUAUCGCCCCAUCAUAAUGUAUUUAAUAACAACACUAGUACCAGAAGUGAUGUCAGCAGUAAUAGAAGUCGUUCUUCAUCGCCAAACAAGCUUCUGUCGCCAAACUCUAAGGAAUCUUCUACUGAAAGAGAUAUUAAAAUAGCUAAACAGUUAUUUAACAACCAUGAUAUUAAACGUAAGGGUAGGUUGACAGCAGAGGAAUUGCAGAAUUUGUUGCAAAAUGAUGAUAGUAGCAGAUUUUGUAUCUCAUCUAUAGAUUCAAUAAUUGAAUAUUUCGGACAGUCUAGGUUUGGUACAAUCAAUGAAACAGAGUUUAUAUCGUUGUACCAAAAGAUUAAAUAUUGGAGGAAAGUUUAUGUAGAUAAUGAUAUUAACUAUUCCUUAUCGAUUAAUGUGACAGAAUAUUAUAAUUGCUUACAAGAAUUGAAAUACCUUAUUCCAUUCGAGAUUAGCGAAAAAUUGUUUAACCAAUACGCUGAGUUCAAUAUAAAUAAAACAGAUAUGAAUAGUAAAGAAUUAAAAUUUGAUAAAUUUGUGGAAAGUUUGAUUUGGCUAAUGAAAUUGACUAAAAUAUUUCGUAAAUAUGAUGUUAAGCAUGACGGUGUAGCGAAUAUUGCUUAUAAAGAUUUUAUUGAAACAACUAUAUAUUUAGGUAGAUUUCUACCACACUAA